UACGAGUAUCAAUAGGCCAGAGAAUGAAAGCAAUCAGGUGCAAAUCAAAAAGACAGGCCAGCAGUCACGUAAUGGUUCAAAAAUAUUAUUUGGUACUCCACUUGGUUUUGGUAGCUGGUAGUUACCAGCCCAGGGAAGCCCAAGCGGUUUCCAGUCAGGAAAUCACAGCCAGAAGCUUGACCCAAUCACAAAAAUUUGAACAAUGCGUCAAGAUUGUUGCGAUGUGCCGCCUUAUCUGGGAUUCGCCGCCCGAAUACGGCGAUUUUGAAUACGAGGACAACGACGAGGAGUUAAACGAAGACCUCACUUUCCACGGACCGGACUAUUUCUACGGUGGCAUCAAGGUGGAUUACAGAAAGGCCAAAUGCAUUCCUCCUGGCCUCAGUAAAAAAGAGCUAGAAAAGUUUUGGCUUGCUGUGGCCGAGUGGGAAACGGAGGUGAAAAACCUUUUCCUCGUCGAGAAAUUCGUCCCCAUCCUCAAGGAGUACGACAACGCCAUUAAGAUCGAUCUGUGGGGGAUGCUCCAUCUCCGAAAGACAGUAACAUGCUAUCGAAGCAUGAAAUCUAAAAUGACACCACAACCAACGACAACAACUACUACAGCAACAACGACAUCUAUAGAAAUUGCAUCGACAACGAUUUCCCCGUCGACUGCAGGUUGCAAUGCGAAUACCGAAAUCGGAAUAUGGAUAAAUCAUCAGAUCAAUGGCACUUUAGGUCUGCAUAAACUAAUCAAGAAAUUGUCGCCAAUUGUGGAUAAGCUCGAGCGCCACGAACGCGGAAGUUGCUGUCCCUAUGAGCCCGUCCGAGAUCGGGUGGAAGUAGUCCAUGACGGCAUCGAUUUCAUACUGGAAUUUCACAGCAUAGAGCCCUACAAGAGAGCGCAGUCCACGGGUUUUAUGGGCUCCGACUUUGAUAAUCUAAAGAGGAGGUUGGAGUACCUAAGCUUAGAGCUAGCCAAGGGUGCAGGAAGGGGAAAUCGUUCCGUAGGAAAGUGCUGCCCCGCCUGGUCCGAGCAGUUCAAGACUUUCCAAGUUGAGAUGGCGAAACAUGUUGAAAAACUUGGAGCGAACACCUCCAUUUUAGAUACGGCAGCCUUGACCAACAAGCAAAAGGAUUUGGAGAUGCUCAGUUCAGAUCAAAUGCAGAUUAUACAAAAACUAGAAGCUUUACAUAGCACUCAAGCUGCUGAGAUCACAGAAGAUUGUUGUAAGAAUAAUGAAAAAAUUGUGGAAAAUAUAGAAAAGCUCUUGGAAGGCUUGAAAUCAAGUGACGCACUGGGUGAGUCAAAAAACGAUAUAGUUGGCUCUCUUCAGGAAAAGCUGACCAAAACAAAUGGAACUCUAACAAGUACCGAAAGCUUCCUGAUUGCUGAGGAAGCAAAUAUCCGAAAAAUCACAUCUUUGUGCGGAGACGUUUGCCCCAGUCAGAAGAAACAAAGACUCGGACAACAAUCGACGAGUGUAAGCCUACUGGAGGAACAAGUGGACCAAAUGAAUAAUAAAGUUCUAGAAAUAGUUGAUCUUUUAGAGUCACUAAAUUGGGCAGCACAUCUCAGAUCUAUAAGCCAGGUAAGGCAAAGACUCAACGAUUUUACGGUCGAACAGAAACAGAUAGAUGUGAACUUGGCCGUAAUUUCUGAAGAGCCAUCGGAUGAGUCGCUAAAAGAGUUGACCCUGAGAAUGAACCAGCUGGAGGUGAAGCUGAAUGGACUCCGCCCCAAGAACCAGACCUACGAACAGCUCCUUUUAGACCGACUCGGCGGACUGGAGCAGCAUAUGAGAGACCGUCUAGGUGAGCUGAACGCGAGGAUCAAGAAGACCGAAGCGGAUGCAAAAAAAUGCAACACUGUCUGCGACUGGGGGGAGCUGCCAACCAUGGCGGAACUCCAGAAGAGAGUCAAGGCAAUGGCGGCAUCGCCAUAAAGAACUAUCUUGCCUUACAUUGAAAUUGUUUUGUAGGAGGGUGGAUGUUGGUCGUUCCCACAGUUCGGAUUCCCAAUAAAUAAAAAGGCGGGGGCGUCAACUAUAAUUCUGGUGUA